GAACUUGGCAGGCCCUCCCCGCGGUGUUCGGGAACACUUUGUGCCUAGCGCCCGCCUGCCCCGCCAUCCUCCCGCCCGCCCGCCAGGCCUGGCCAGGUCGCCGCAAGGCCCCUAGGGUUUGGGUCGGUCACGGAGCCGCAGGUACCUGCACCUGGAACGCAGCCAUCGGGACCCCCACGCACUUGACCUGAUACCCCCAAGUCGGAGCCACACAGACCGCUCCUUCCUCACGGGCUGGGUAUGCAAAUGUGGGUCACACCGCGCGUAAUCUAGAAGUUCAGAAAGAUGCUGUGGCCCAAUUUAAAACAAAGCCCAAUUAUUAGCGAUGGGUGGCUAUUUAUGCCGGUCCAGUGUCAGAUCUCUAGCGCCUCAGACAACCAAAGGAAGCUAGUCUGAGAGAAAAGAAACCGACUCUGAAGCCACUUGACCCGUUUUGAGACCUCAGGUCGUUGCCGUCCUGGCUGCGCGAGCUUGAGCUAAACGUCAGGGCUCAGUCUUCUCUUCUGUGAAAUGGUGAGAACUGUUACCUAACCAAACUCCUGCAAAACCACACCGCCUAUGCCUGUGACGGGGACCAUUUGAGCCUCCAGUGCCCUCGGCAUUCUACGAUAAGUGUUCAAUCGGCAUUUUAUGGGCAAGAUUACCAAAUGUGUAAUUCCCAGCAGCCUGCCUCCCAGAGGGAAGACAGCUUAACCUGUGUGGCACCCACCACUUUCCAGAAGGUGCUGGAUGAAUGCCAGAAUCAGCGGGCCUGCCACCUCCUGGUCAAUAGCCGUGUAUUUGGACCUGACCUUUGUCCAGGAAGCAGUAAAUACCUCCUGGUCUCCUUUAAAUGCCAGCCUAAUGAAUUAAAAAACAAAACUGUGUGUGAGGACCAGGAGCUGAAACUGCACUGCCACGAAUCCAAGUUUCUCAACAUCUACUCUGCAGCCUAUGGCAGGAGCACCCGGGACGGGGACAUCUGCUCCUUGGGCACAGAGCGACUCCCCCCCUUCGAUUGCUUGUCUUACUCAGCUCUGCAAGUACUAUCCAGAAGGUGCUAUGGGAAACAGAGAUGCAAAGUCAUUGUCAACAAUCAGCACUUCGGAAGCCCCUGUCUGCCAGGAGUGAAAAAAUACCUCACUGUGACCUAUGCCUGUGUUCCAAAGAACAUCCUUGCAGCGAUUGAUCCAGCUGUUGCUAAUCUAAAACCUUCUUCGAAGCAGAAAGACACUGAAUAUGGUAUAAACUUUGACCCAAGCGAAUCGAGGGUUCUGAGGAAAGAUGGAGUUAUUGUUAGCAACUCCCUGGCAGCAUUUGCUUACAUUAGAGCCCAUCCCGAGAGAGCUGCCCUGCUGUUCGUGUCCAGUGUUUGCAUUGGCUUGGCCCUCACACUGUGUGCCUUGGUCAUCAAAGUGUCCUGCACCAAAGACUUCCGGGAGCUGCAUUUGGGGAGGGAGCACCUGGUGCCAGGAAUUGACCAGGCUGAGGAGGACAGUGAGGAUGAAGAGGAGGAGGAGGACUCCUCUGACUCAGAUUUUCCAGGAGAACUGUCUGGGUUUUGUAGGACUUCAUAUCCUGUCUACAGUUCCACAGAGGCUGCAGAGCUUGCAGAAAGGAUUGAGCGCAGGGAACAAAUCAUUCAGGAAAUAUGGAUGAACAGUGGUUUGGACGCCUCACUCCCGAGAAACAUGGGCCAGUUCUACUGAAAACUAGAUGCAUCUUGAUGCAGUCGCACUUUCUGAAGAGGGAAGGAUCCAAAAUGCCCCUCCAGUUCUGAUUAACUUGUACCUUCUAUGAAGGAGAAUUUGUCAUGUCAUCCAACACUGGUGAGGCCAGGAAGCUAUUAAAGGGAUGUUUCAAACUGUUUCCAGCACAUGCCAAAAUAAAUUAGCAGGGAAGGAGUC